AUGGCCGAAGUUUUUGGCACCGUGGCCGGCGCUUUGAGCGUAGCGGCCUUGUUCAACAACUGCGUCGACUGCUUCGAAUACAUCCAACUGAGCCGCCAUUUCGGCCGAGACUUCGAACGCUGCCAACUGAAACUCGACGUGGCCAAUAUCCGAUUGGGCACAUGGGGCGAGACACUCGCGAUCAACGAUGACCCACGCUUUGCCACCGACGCGCCUGACGACAGAGAUUCUCGACAGGUCCAAGCGAUACUAGAAGAGAUCGGGCUGCUCUUCCAGACCGUACAGAAGUCAUCCAAGCGAUACGAGAUCAUUGUCAGCCAAGAUGAGUUGAUGCGCUUCGAAGACAAGGACAUGCCGCCGAGACAUAAGCGAACGGGCCUGAUGAAGAAGGCGGCGUGGGCGCUGUGUGACGGCAAGAACUUGGACAAGCUGGUAGAGCCAAUUACGGGAUUUGUGGAUGAUCUGGAGAAGCUAUCUCCCGUGAAGACCACGCCUCGCAAGCUCGUGGAGCUAGGAAUUGACGAGGUGGUCGACGAGCCGAGCUUAAAGGUUCUGCAGGACGCCGCUGCCGGUACUGAUAGUGUCUUGUCCGAGGCCGUUACCGAGAAGAUUCAGGGAAUCGCGGGGAGACACUAUGUAAAGCAUAUCAAGGGUGAAGAGAGGGCAAAGUACGGCGGGCGGGGCAUCUUCGACUAA